CCCUUCCUUUUCCUUUCUCCCUUCAAUUUAUAAACAACCACCGCUGCUAAGGCUUAUACAUACGCAAAAGAAACAGCCUUUCUUCCUCUCUUCUUCCUCUCCUCUCUGUGAAAUCAACUGAUCUUCGAUCGAUCAAUCAAUCAAAAAUGGCAACAACAGCUGAGAAAAGAAAGCCAGUGUUCAUCAAAGUAGAAGAACUCAAGCCUGGCACCAAUGGUCACAAUCUCACUGUCAAAGUUCUUGAAUCUAAACCAGUCCCUGUCCCUAAGCCACGUCGUGCUCCUAUGUCUCUCUCUCAACGCCCUCAACGCCCUUCUCGAAUCAAUGAAUGUCUUGUUGGUGAUGAAACUGGCUGUAUUGUUUUCACUGCAAGAAAUGAACAAGUUGACAUUAUGCAGCCUGGUGCCACUGUCAUCCUGCGCAAUGCCAAGAUUGACAUGUUCAAGGGGUCUAUGAGGCUUGCCGUAGACAAGUGGGGACGUGUUGAAGUUGCAGAACCUGCGAACUUUGCAGUUACAGAGAACAACAAUCUUUCUCUGGUGGAGUAUGAACUGGUUACUGUUCAAGCAUGAUUAGCGUCUCUUAUGGGAGUGAAUAUUUCAAAUUUAGUAAAGACUUGAUUAUUGUUCCCUGGUUGUGAACUAUAACUUAUAUAUGAAGACUAAGAUAUGCUCAGAAGUUGUAAGUUUUAGCAAUAUUGCGUUGUUAAUGCAACAAUUAUCAGAUUGAGAAUGAAAUAGUUAAAUGUGAUUAGCCAAA